AAUAUGGGCAAAGGAAACCAGACCAGUGUCUCUGAAUUCUUUCUCUUGGGAUUCUCCCAGAGGCCUGAGCAGCAGCUGAUAUUCUUUGGAUUGUUCCUGAGCAUGUAUUUGGUCACUUUAGUUGGGAACUUGACCAUCAUCCUGGCCAUUAUAUUUGACUCUCACCUCCAUAUCCCAAUGUAUUUCUUUGUGGCUAACCUCUCCUUUGCUGACAUGAAUUUUCCCUCCACCACAGUCCCCAAGAUGCUGGCUGACAAUAGAUCAGGAAAUAAUAAAAUUUCUUAUGGUGGAUGCCUGGCACAGCUCUACUUCUUUGGCCUGCUUGCAGAUCUGGACAAUUUCCUCUUGGCUGUCAUGGCCUAUGACCGUUACGUGGCCAUCAGUUGUCCCCUAUAUUAUGCCACUGCCAUGAGUCCCCAACACUGUGUUUUGAUGGUCGUAGUAUCCUGGGUAGUUACUGUCAUUCAUGCCCUGCUACACAUUCUCCUACUGGAUCGGCUGGUCUUCUGUGGUCCUAAUACCAUACCCCACUUCUACUGUGACCUGAUUCCACUCUUAAAGCUAGCCUGUUCAGACACCCAUGUAAAUGAGCUGAUGCUCUUCCUAGUGUCUGGUCCUUUACUCGUUGGGCCUUUUCUGUGUAUCUUAGUGUCUUACAUUUACAUAUUCUUGGCCAUACUGAAAAUCCAUUCUCCACAGGGGAAACACAAAGCCUUUUCCAACUGCACUUCCCACCUCUCCAUGGUCUCCCUGUUCUAUGGGUCAGCAAUUGGGGCUUAUUUGUGUCCCUCACCCAUUAGCUCCACUGGGAAAGAGAGAGCUUUUGCAGUCAUGUACAUGGUGGUGACCCCGAUGCUGAACCCCUUCAUCUAUAGCUUGAGGAAUAAGGACAUGAAGAGGGCCAUAAGGAAUAUUCUUUCCCAUAAAACUAUCUUGUCAUAG